GGAAAAGAAUCAUGUGAGUGAUUUCAUAUGACGUUAUCUCACCAGUUUAUUUCAGGAUUUUUUUUAAAAAUCAACUCCAUGCUGGAAUGGUCAAGUCAACCAGCUAGCUGACCUAAAUGUUAGCUCACAGGGCAAAUCUGAAACAUAAAACCUAAAUGUUUUUGUUACUGAAGAGGCAGGACACAAUUUUACCAUUUGUUUUUCAAAAGGUUUAGAAAUGUCUUCAUGUGUCGUCUUAUACCCACAUAGGAGUUAGAGCAAGCCUCAUCCGAGAAACUUGCUCUCAUAUAAACCUUUAAUGUGUAUUAUUUUAAGAAAGCAACAAAAAUGUUUUUUUUGUUUUUUACUUUGAGGAGUGGCAGCACAUGAUGUCACCAACAUCCAGAAUCAACGUCCAAGAUGCUGUUCUUUCUGCUGUUGGUGACAUCAUGUGCUGCCACUCCUCAAAAUCUUUCAGGAAAGAUGUUCACCUUCCCGCAAGAAACCAACACAGCACAUGUUAGGUUGACAUCAAGUCAAAAUUUACAGGCUGUAACUGUCUGUUUGAGGUUCUUUACAGACCUCAAAAGACAUCACUCUCUUUUCUCGUUGGCUCUACCCUCUUUAGAUAACGCCUUUUUGUUGUUCAAAUCGGCCAACUUAGAUUCUUUUCAAAUGUAUGUAAGGAACACGGCCGCAAAUUUUGAAGGACUGGACUUCAAGCUGAACAAGUGGCAAUCAGUUUGUGCAACAUGGGAUGCUGCAUCAGGUUUGGCCCAACUGUGGGUGGAUGGAAAGCCUUCAAGCAGGAAAUUUACCAGCUCUGGAUCCAAUAUCAAUGGACCAAUUAUUAUUGCUUUGGGACAGGAACAAGAUUCACAUGGUGGUGGUUUUGAUGUCAAACAAUCAUUUGUCGGCAUGAUGUCAGAUCUCCAUAUGUGGGAUUACAAGCUUUCACCCUGUGAGAUCCGGAAAUACACGAAUGGCCAUGGCUACGCAAAUGGAAAUGUGUUGAACUGGAAUUCACUGGAAUUCCAGAUUAUAGGAAGGGUGCUGAUCGAGAAUCAACAGAAUACUUGUCAGUAAAUCCUAAUUUCUACAAAUUUAUAUAGUGCACAA